AGCACAGACUAAUAGUUUGUAUAUUUUGUAUUGUAGUCCUGUUAUUGUGAUCAGAUGUUCUCCCUCAGACCGCACUCCUUCAGAUCAGUCAGAUGAUCCUUUUUAUCUAAAUUUAUCAAAUCAUGAAAUUGUUGACACCAAAUUAGAAUUUUAG